AUGUUUCCCUCUCCCGCUUCCUACGUCGCCCUCAGCAGCGGCGGCGUCUCCCCAGGCCACUCCUCUUCCUCCUCCCCGCGACCAUUUGUCCGCCACCCCCGCCUAGCCAUCUUCACCGUCGCCCUCGUCGGCGUCGGCGCCGUCUUCAGACACGUGUCGACGACGAUCCGCAACAACGAGCUGGCCCAGAAGAGCUCGCCUGGGGGGCCAGGAAAUCAGGAAUAG